GCGGAGCCGAGCGUAGCCGAGGGGAGCCGAGCGCAGCCGAGGUGCGUGAGGCGAGGCCAUGGCGGGCCGGGGGCCGGUCGUCGUGUUCGGGGCCACCGGGGCUCAGGGCGGCUCGGUGGUCCGGGCCCUGCUGGCCGAGGGCACCGGGGAGGUCCGCGCCGUGACGCGGAGCCCCGGCAGCGCGGCGGCCGCGCAGCUGAGGCAGCUGGGAGCCCGCGUGGUGGCGGCGGACCUGGACGACGGGCGGACGCUGGAGCCGGCCUUGGCGGGCGCCUACGGAGCCUUCGUGGUCACCGACUUCUGGAAUCACUGCAGCCGGGAGAGGGAAGUGGAGCAGGGGAAGCGGCUUGCUGAUCUGUCGAAGCGCCUGGGUUUGCGCCACGUGGUGUACAGUGGCCUGGAGAACGUCAAGAAGCUGACAGGAGGCUGCCUAGAGGUGCCCCACUUCGAUGGCAAAGGCAUGGUGGAGGAGUACUUACAGGCCAUUGGCGUUCCCACCACAAUUAUCCGAAUGCCGUGCUACUUUGAGAAUUUUCUUUCUUUCUUCAAACCUGAGAAGGCCCCACAAGGAGAUGGGUUUGUUCUGGCGCUGCCCAUGGGGGACACCCCCAUGGAUGGGAUGGCAGUGGAGGACUUGGGGCCCGUCGUGCUCAGCGUGCUGAAGUCCCCGGAGGAGUACAUAGGCCGCGUGAUCGGGCUCAGCACUGGCAAGCUCACCAUGGCAGAGUACGCCGCUGCCUUCUCCCAGCAGACGGGCAAGACCGUGGAAGCCUCCAAGAUCUCACCAGAGGAGUAUGAGAGACUCGGCUUCCCGGGGGCGAAGGAGCUGGCUGCGAUGUUCCGUUUCUAUGCCCUGAGGCCAGACCGCAACGUGGAGCUGACGAUGAAACUCAACCCCAAGGCCCGCACCUUCCAGCAGUGGCUGGCAGACAACAAAGCUGCUUUCUGACCUUUCCUUCUCUCGUCUUCCACCUGAGCUUUUGCAGCAGGUAGCAGGACCUGGCCGAGGCCGUGAGCCGCGCAGCCUUGCGCUCGUGCCUGGGGGGCGGCUGACCUCCAGGAGCACGUGCAGGAGCAGCGUGCCGACUGGGCUGUAACGGCUGUGCACACCAUCUUUAGGGAGGUGUUUAGUAAUUCUGGGUGUUUUCACAUCUGUGGGAUCGGUUUCUUGGGACCACAGCCUUUCCUAGGCAGCUCCGAGCCAUACCGCACAACGUUGGGCACUCAGGUCCCAAUAGCGCUGUGCCCACGCCAGGUACCCACAGCAGCGCCCCAGAGCAGCGCUGGGGCAGGCUGGGGUUUCUCCUUGGACCCCGUUCAGGCAUCACAGGGAGGGCGGCAGGCCUGGCUGCGUGUCUGCGGAGACAGGGCCCGGUGCUGACAGCCCCGAGGGGUGAGAGCUCAAUUCCUCAAGCCAGACAGCUCCCGGCACCUGCAGCCUGGCCUUUGCGCUCACAGGGCUGAUUUCCAACACUGCCCUCAGUAGCUGAGUAUAACUUUCACGAUUGUCUUUUAAGACAAUUAAUUGUCUUUUAACACUUUAAGACUUGUUUAAAAAGCUUUUUCCCUCACCCUCCCCCGACGGUACUGUUGGGGUGAGCUCUGGGCCACGGCUGGCUUCGUGCUUGAAGUCAGGCGUGGGCACGACUCCGUUACCUAGCCCUGCGCCCCCAUCCCAGAGCCGACCUUCGUUCCUUGCCCGUCACUGGGGCAGGGAAGGGAGCAACGACAAACCCACGGAGGCAGGAUGGGGGAAGAGCAGACAAGGCAGCGAGGCACAGCACGUGUUAAAUAUCUUUAUCAAUCUUAUUUACAUGGAUACAGAAUCACUUUACAGGCAAUUUAAUCAGGAGGCAACGCGUGCUUUUUUUCAGCUAAUUAAGAAGGGCAGGACUACGACAUGUUCUUGUUUAGCUGGUCGAUUAGUAUGUGGGCUGAUGGUACCUGCACGGCAUAGCUAACAACAGCGGGCAACAGUAACCAUGAAAAUACUGCAAGAGCUCAGCUCCUCCUGGAAGGACCGAUCCACUUCACUUGUAUUCUCACACACAUAGAACAAUGACUCUGAACAAUCAUUUAUGCUGUGGGUGUUGCACUAACAAUAAAUUUGUCCAAACUGGCAAAGGGCUUGGUGAUAAAUUUGUACCAGCUUAGAAGCAACAGCAUCUCCGUAGUAACUUCAGUCGAUUGAGGAGGGGGAGGAAACCUGAGGCAAAGCGCAGAUCCCAUCUCUGCGCUUCGUGCAGGAAAUCAGCAGGACUAAGAAACCCCAAGGCUGCUGAGGAAGCUGGGGCGGCUGGGCUCUGACAAGUCCCAGCGAAAGGGAGACAUCCUGCUGCGAGCGUGAUGCAGGGCGGCUAGAAGGGCGCGGGAGACUGUCUGUUGUGAAGACAGGCUUAAAAGCCACGGACACACCGAGUCUCCUAGGAGAAGAUAAGCAGUGCCAAGUUCACCACGCACGUCUAGCAUUCAGAGGGGCACCUGAGUGAACAGCAGCCAUCUUGGGCUCCAUACAGCAGACUGCUCCGCUCUGUGCUGGAAGGACAAUUCUUUAUUUUCACAUUUCCACUGGUUUGGAUUCUAAGUAAUUUUUCAACUUUUUUUU